UGCGCACCGCGUUUGAUGUCGCGGGCGGCCGGCUGCCAUGGCGGUUCAUCCCCUUUAAGGAGGCGGCGAGCGGCCGGAGUGAGAGGGGGGAGGAACGGCCGUGUGUGCGGCAAUUGUCUGCCGAUGGAAAUAAUAGCUCCCCUCCAAAGCAAAGCAACACAACGUACCUUCCCCAACGCCUUUGCGCCGACGGAUUGCCCUGCAAAUUGAAUUAUGAGUUGCUUUUGUUGCAGUACCCAGCGUUUCUGGUUUGCUGUUCUCUCAUCAGGAUUUUAAACGCUCCCCUCCCUAUCCAGCUGUUCUUGAAACACACAUGGUGCAUUGUUGUCGUUCCCUAUUUCUGUUCAUCAGUGCUGCUCAGUAACCUUCAGCAAGUGGGUUGACGACCUCUAGGAUAAAUAUAGUUUUCUAGGCCCACUGCCCUACUCUACUGCAACCAUGGAGCCCUGCAUGGAGUAUUUCUUGACACAGGUUCUGCAAAAAGACAUGGGACGUCGGGUGCAAAUUGCUCAAGAGCUCAUAGAGUACAUCACAGAUCGGCAGAAGUCCUAUGAUCUUGAACAUGAUCAAUCAAUGCUUGAUCGAAUGAUUGAUGGUCUUGGAACUGGUUGGGUAAACUCCAGUAACUUUAAGGUUGCUUUGUUUGGUAUAGACAUCUUAUCUGCCCUCAUUACUCGUCUUCAGGAUCAUUUCAAAACCCACAUUGGCACAGUAUUACCUAGUCUAAUAGACAGACUAGGGGAUGCUAAAGAUCAAGUGCGAGAGCAAGAUCAGAGCCUCUUAUUGAAGAUUAUGGAGCUGUCUGCUACCCCACAGUACGUUUGGGAACGAAUGUUGGGAGGAUUUAAACACAAAAAUUUCCGAACCAGGGAAGGAAUUUGCCUUUGCCUUAUUAGUACAUUAAAUACUUAUGGAGCUCACAGUUUAACUCUGAGCAAAAUCGUACCCCAUAUUUGUAAUUUAUUAGGAGAUCCUAACAGUCAGGUCCGUGAUGCAGCAAUAAAUAGUUUAGUAGAAAUUUACAAACACGUAGGAGAACGGGUCCGAGCAGAUCUUCAUAAAAAGGGGCUACCACAGUCAAGGUUGAAUGUAAUUUUUGCAAAAUUCGAUGAAGUUCAAAAAUCUGGAAAUAUGAUUCUUUCUUCUGCAACUGAUAAAAACUUUGAUGAUGAAGAAUCUGUGGAUGGGAACAGGCCAUCAUCCGCCAGCUCCACAUCUUCAAAAGCUCAUGGUUCACGACGUCCUGUUGGCAUGGGUACAAGUCGUCGACCAGGUUCGUCUGCAGUUGGCUGGAAAAGUACGACAGCCAAGGAAGUUGCAGGUGCGGUCGAUGAGGAUGAUUUUAUCCGAGCAUUUGAGGAAGUACCGACAGUUCAGAUCUUUUCCAAUAGAGACCUUGAAGAAUCCAUCAACAAAAUUAGGGAAGUUUUAUCAGAUGAUAAACAUGACUGGGAGCAGAGAGUAGCUGCUCUUAAAAAAAUUAGGUCUCUAUUAAUGGGUCGGGCAGCAGAAAAUGAAUCUUUCUUUCAACAUCUGCGGCUUUUAGAUGGUGCAUUCAAAUUAUCAGCAAAAGACCUACGAUCUCAAGUCGUACGUGAAGCCUGUAUAACGUUAGGGUAUCUCUCAUCUGUUCUGGGAAACCGGUUUGAUCAUGGUGCCGAAGCUAUUAUGCCAACACUAUUCAACCUUGUUCCUAAUAGUGCCAAAGUUAUAGCUACAUCUGGAACAGCAGCCAUCAGAUUAAUUAUUCGACAUACGCACUUCCAUAGAUUAAUUCCUAUUAUCUCAAGCAACUGUGCUUCAAAGUCUGUGGCCGUUCGGAGGCGUUCAUUUGAAUUUUUGGAAAGGUUGCUGCUGGAAUGGCAAACACAUUCAUUAGAAAAACAUUCAUCACUUCUGGCUGAAACAAUAAAGAAGGGUAUCCAUGAUGCUGAUUCAGAAGUUAGACUAGAAGCUCGAAAAGUAUAUUGGGAUUUUCACAACCACUUUAGCAGAGAAGCUGAAGUUUUGUUCAAUUCAUUGGAACCUGCCUAUCAGAAGCCCUUACAGUCCCACUUGAAAAAUUCAGACAGCAUUGUUUCUUUGCCUCAGUCUGAUCGUUCGUCAUCUAGUUCUCAAGAAAGCCUAAAUCGGCCCCUGUCCACGAAGCGGAGUCCAACAGGAAGCACGGUAUCACGAGCUUCUACAGUUAGUGGAAAAUCUGUAUCCACCACGGGUGCUCUGCAACGCUCUCGCAGUGACAUUGAUGUGAAUGCAGCUGCUAACGCCAAGUCACGUUUAACUGCAACUCCAAGCAACGCACCUGGACAUUUUAGCUCGGCUGCAGCUUUACCUCCAGGAUCCUAUGCUUCCCUAGGUCGGGUGCGGUCUAGACGCCAGAGCGCUGGGAGUGCGACCAGUGUGGCCAGCACACCCUCUGAUACCAGAGGACGUAGCAGAGCUAAAGUAGUUUCACAAUCCCAACCGGGAAGUAGAUCAAGUUCACCUGGUAAGCUCCUCUGUGGGACCUACUCCAGCAUGAGCAGUGGACCUCAGAGGGUUUCGGUUGCACCACAAGGGUCCGAGAAACGGAGCAAGAUCCCCCGCAGUCAAGGAUGCAGUAGGGAAGCUAGUCCCAACAGAUUGGGGUUAGAUCGAUAUGGGCUUGGACAGGCUGGUCGUUUACCUGCCACUGUAAAUGCCAUGAGGGUCCUGAACACAAGCACAGAAGUGGAAGCUGCAGUUGCAGAUGCCUUGCUGUUAGGAGACUCCAGGACAAAGAAAAAACCUGUAAGGAGGCGAUAUGAACCAUAUGGCAUCUAUUCUGAUGAUGAUGCCAACAGUGAUGCUUCGAGUGCUUGUUCAGAACGAUCUUAUGGCUCCAGAAAUGGGGGUAUUCCACACUACUUGCGUCAGACAGAAGAUGUGGCAGAGGUCUUAAACCAUUGUGCCAGUUCAAAUUGGUCUGAAAGGAAAGAAGGGCUUGUCGGCCUUCAAAAUCUAUUAAAAAGUCAGAGAACAUUGAGCCGUGUUGAAUUGAAGCGUUUGUGUGAAAUCUUCACUCGUAUGUUUGCAGAUCCUCAUAGCAAGAGAGUAUUCAGCAUGUUCUUGGAGACGCUAGUAGAUUUCAUCAUAAUCCAUAAAGAAGAUCUACAGGAUUGGCUGUUCGUACUGCUGACUCAGCUUUUAAAGAAGAUGGGGGCUGAUUUGCUUGGUUCUGUGCAAGCCAAAGUUCAGAAGGCACUAGAUGUCACCAGAGAGUCUUUCCCAUUUGAUCAGCAAUUCAAUAUUCUAAUGCGAUUUAUUGUGGAUCAAACACAAACGCCUAAUCUCAAGGUGAAAGUUGCUAUUUUGAAGUACAUUGAGAGGCUGGCCAGGCAGAUGGACCCAGCAGAUUUUGUUAAUUCCAGUGAGACUCGCCUUGCUGUGUCCCGUAUCAUAACCUGGACAACUGAACCAAAGAGCUCUGAUGUGAGAAAGGCUGCGCAGGUCGUGUUGAUUUCUCUGUUUGAGCUGAACACUCCUGAGUUCACUAUGUUACUUGGUGCCUUGCCAAAAACCUUCCAAGAUGGUGCCACCAAGCUCCUACAUAAUCAUUUGAAGAACUCCAGCAAUACUAAUGUGAGCUCACCCAGCAACACAAUGGGGCGCACACCUUCACGGCACUCCAGCAGUCGAACAAGCCCUCUUACUUCACCUACAAAUUGUUCACAUGGUGGUCUUUCUCCAAGCAUGUUGGACUAUGACACAGAAAACCUUAACUCCGAUGAAAUUUAUAGCUCUCUUCGUGGGGUCACACAAGCCAUCCAGAACUUUAGUUUCCGCAGUCAAGAGGAUUUGAAUGAACCAAUUAAACGAGAUGGGAAGAAGGACUGUGAUGUAUUGCGAGAUGGAGGAAUUGCAUCCCCAUCCUCUGAUUUUCGUGGAGGUGGUGAGCCUAUAGAAGGAGGAAGGACAGCUCUUGACAACAAGACAUCUUUGCUCAAUACUCCACCACCACGGUCUUUCUCUGGGCCUCGGACUCGAGAAUACAAUCCUUAUAAUUAUUCAGAUACAAUCAAUGCAUUUGACAAGACAGCCUUAAAAGAAGCCAUGUUUGAUGAUGACAUGGAACAAUUCCGUGAUGUACCCAUUGAUCAUUCAGAUUUAGUUGCUGAUCUCCUGAAAGAACUUUCCAACCACAAUGAGCGAGUGGAAGAGCGGAAAGCAGCGUUGUUGGAACUUUUAAAGAUAACCAGAGAAGAUACUCUUGGUGUGUGGGAUGAGCACUUCAAAACUAUUCUACUUUUACUUCUGGAGACACUAGGAGAUAAGGAUCACUCCAUUCGAGCCUUAGCCUUAAGAGUUCUUCGGGAAAUCCUCCGGAACCAGCCAGCAAGAUUUAAGAACUAUGCGGAAUUAACCAUUAUGAAAACAUUGGAAGCUCAUAAAGAUUCCCAUAAAGAGGUGGUAAGAGCUGCAGAAGAAGCUGCUUCCACUUUGGCAAGCUCCAUACAUCCAGAACAAUGCAUCAAGGUGCUCUGUCCCAUCAUCCAGACAGCUGAUUAUCCCAUCAAUCUAGCGGCUAUAAAGAUGCAAACAAAAGUGACAGAGAGGAUCUCCAAGGAGUCUCUGCAUCAACUUCUCCCAGAUAUCAUUCCUGGGUUACUUCAGGGAUAUGACAACACAGAAAGCAGUGUGCGUAAAGCAAGUGUGUUUUGCUUGGUAGCAAUUUAUUCUGUAAUUGGAGAGGAGCUGAAACCUUACCUUGCACAGCUCACAGGAAGUAAGAUGAAGUUAUUGAAUUUGUAUAUAAAAAGGGCCCAGACGACGAAUAGCAACAGUAGCUCAUCGUCAGAUGUAUCAAGUCACAGCUAACGGAUAGCAGUCACGUUUCUUUAGACAGAUGAAGGCGAGCCUCUUCAGAGACCUUUCUGCUCAAAUUUUGAAAUCCAUGUGCCCUUGGAGUGAAAAUUUGCUGCACAUCAGUGUUUGUUCCUAAGUAAAUAUAUGCAGUUGCUUAGCUUUAAACUUACAGCUGUUACUUAAUAUUACGUGAUGCCUGUUUAACAUGUGACCUAAUGAAUAGAAGAAGGCCUGUAGUGUCUUUGGACAGUCCAGUGAUGAUGUCAAGUGACACAGCACUGAUUCUAGGUUAACCUUUUGUCAUCUUUAAAUGUGAAGUAUGUAAUAUACACACUUCUCUGAGUGUUGGUGACAGAUAUUAUUUUAAGUAUUAUAUAUUAGUGAAUUGCUGUUUCUUGAAUUUCUAAAGUAAUGUCAUUGCCAUGACUAUAUCUUAGUUAAUUGUUUAAACCUGUCAAGUUGAAUGCUAAGAGAAAUGCUGUCUCACUGGACUGGACUUCCACUACUGCAGAAGAUGAAAGACUUCUUUUGUUGCAAGUUCUGCCAGAAAUCAAUUUUUGAUUUUUACAUUGUUUGAGGAAACCUGUGUUAUAUGCCAAAUGGAAACUUAUUUGCAUGGCAACACUAAAGAGGCAUAAUCAUGCUUUUUGGGCAUCUGUAGGACUGCCUUUUGGUGGAAGAUUCCGAAGUUAUUGUAUUAUACACCUGUGUUAUUUCUUUCCUUUGUGCUUUCUCAUUUUUGUUUUUAACUCUUGUUUUUAUUUUCUGAUUUUCUUUUCCAAAUACCCUAAAUAUUACUUGUCUUGAAGUUGGAAGUGCAGGAGAUGGUGUGUUGUAUAUCUUUGCCAGACUUUUUGUCCUAUCAUUAGAGUAAGUGUCCGUGUCCUCCUUUAGCAUGAACUGAGCAAAUAUUGCCGCCAGGGUGAAGAUCAGCUGAGAAUGAUAAUCAUAGCUUAAGUUUCCUCUGAGAAUCUACUGUCAUUGGAUCAUGGAAAAAUUGACUGAUUUCAACUUUAUUCAAUUUUUUUGAUGCGAGUUGCAAAUGAACAUAAUUCUAUUUUUAAAUUAGAACUGAAAUCUAAUGUGUAAUUUAGCGGGUCUAUGUUACUAUUUCCUGUGAAUGUAUUCAUGUGAAAAGGAAGGAGAAACCUUGCAGUUAAGUUUUGACUACCUAGAAUCAUUUUGUCACAUGAUCUUAUAACGUGCAAUGGCAGGAACUAUUGGAUAGGAUCUAUAUAACUGUAUAAAUCAGUGGUCAGCAGUUAUCUUUUCCUGCACAUAUUAUGAAUAUGUACUAUAAGCUGUACGCUAAGAGUACAUCACUUGAAACACUUGAGUAACAGUGAUAUUCCCAUUACACAUCCUUUGGUGACUAUCUUUAGUUUUAAUUUUACCAUCUCAAAGCUUGUUUGUGAUUUUUCUAUUAUUUUUCCAACUUAAUGCUUUUUUAUGGCUGUCAGCAUGAAACAAAUCACAAAUCGCUUUAUUCCCUGGCACUGCCUGUGACUCUGAAUCUGUUGAAUGAACCUGAUCUUUCCAACUGUUCAGUUUUAUUUUGUGUUUUCCUUCCCUUUGUAAUAUUAACAAUAACUGAUUUCUGACAUAUUUCAAGUAAGAAUCAAGAAUAGACUCGUGUAUCAGGCUGAAUUGCCCAAGAAAUUCUCCGCCAAAAUAGAGCAACAGAAUUAGUCAAAGUUGAGCAAAAUUUUCCAUUAGGGCAGUCCUAUCAGUGCUCCAAAAGAGCAGAAAGCAUUGAGAGGAAUUGGGCAACCAAAAUGCCACCUUCCUUGGGGAGCCUGUUUAUCAGGUUAUCACUGACUAAGUAAACUUCUAAGACUUAGAGCUUUAAUAGUGAUGCUUUGGUUUCCCUGAAUUACUUCUUAUAUCAUUGUCCUUUCUUAAGCUGAUUAAGUACUUCCGAAAAUUUUGCAGCUCUUCUGUAUGCUUUGUGAAUAAAUUCUUGGCACUCCUGACCCCAACUAUUUUUUUAAUCCAUGGUGGCUUAACAUUACUACCAUUUGGGAUGGACCAACAUAAAACUGUUCACCUUGUGAAAUAUAUGUAAAUAUAAUCAGAGAAUCUCAUGAAGAACAAUGACCAAAAUGCUUCCAUCUUGAACUUGCUACCAAGGUAUUAAUGGAACUUGGCAGCAUUGGCUUCAAAGUUCAUGAGUCUCUCAAUCUCAGUUGUAGACUUGUUCCCUUAGUAUAGUAGUCAGCAUUAUCCUCCAUGAUUCCUGGUAUCCCUAAAUCUUAGAUAAGUCUGGUGUUUUAGUGCGGAUCUUUCUUCCAGUUGCAUUGGUAUGGUUGUUGUACUUAAUGAUGAACAAAAAUAGGAUUGCAUAUUUAAAUCAUCUUCUGAUUUUUUAUUUGUUUCUUGUUGAUUUGUGUUUGAGUUGAAAUUUCAGUCCCAUUCUAUCCCAAAAAGGAACUUCAACUUUUGUAGCACUAUAGUAUUUCUCUCCCCAAGUUUGAGAAGAUUUUAAGAGAUCUCAUUAACUCUUGAUGCUUUAUGCAGGCAAAGGAACUAAAUUUGGUCUCCUGGGAGAGCUUUUGUAGGGCACUCAAAGAAAGGAAUCAAUUCUUUUCAAUGGGAUAGUUGUCCAUGUGAUUUUCCUUUAUAUAUUUUACACUGUUGUACAUAGAGAAUAAUUUUGGUUUCAUAAGUCAUGAUGACUGGAACGAUUCAGAUAUCUUCAGUUGCCUUUGUAGUUUUAACAUGGCAAAAGUAUUAGUGGUGCAGCUGAGGAAAGUGCAACAGCAGAAAUUCAACUAUAUAAACUUAGUUUUUAUUUUAUUUUAUUUUUGACCAAAGUCAUGUAAGUAUAAAUUAAUUCGUUUGUCCUUUGAGGAAAUGACAUUAUUAGCAAACAAUAUGGUAUUUUUCUAUAAGUUCUCAUCAUGAUCCUUUUCAUUUUAGUAAUGUAUUUUAUUUCUAUUACAAGAAUGAAAUAAUACCAAUGUUUUUAGUUCUAGCUGCAUUUGCAAUCAAAAAACCCAAAAAAUCAAACUUUUUGUAAUUUGAAAAUUACUUCAUAUUCUCAAAUUUAUUUUAUAAAAACACUAAAAUUGGUGUAGGAUCUUUUUUUAACCUUUAGAUAACAUUGAAUCAGAUUCAAGAAGACAUUUACAAGGUCUACGCUAAAUGUAUAGCAGGAAAAGCAUGUUCCACCAUUACAAGUUUCAUUUUCAAAUAUUGGAGUUUCAUAUUUGCAUUUGCAUUGGAGUUUUGAAAUGCAUAUUUACAAUGCAUUUCCUUUUUAGAAAUUACCUUCAUUUAAUAGUAAAGUAAGUACACAAAGUGAACAAUGUAGUAAGCAUUGGCAUGUUACGCUGAAUACAUUAUGUUCAGGUAAUUUUUUUUUUGUUGUGGGGGGGAACAUGCCUACAUUGCUGGGACAAAUUAGUGAAGAAAAUUUGAAGUAAUUUUGAUGCAUUAGUAUUUUUUUUAAUCUAAAGUGUAGACAACUGCACAGUUAAUAAAUUAUGCUUUUAAAAUGCGAUUUCUUUUUAAGGUAAAAUUUGUCUACGAGCAAUACCCAAUGUGGGCAAACCCUGGUUUGGAAAUGACAUACCAUUUAUAGCCCGUAGUUUUGUGAAUUGUAACUUGGAAUGGCAACCAUUUUCAAUACCCGACAUAUAUAGUAUCAUAAAAAUAAAAUUACAAAAAUCAGGUUCAUAUUUAGAUAUCAGUGUAAUUUCAUGAUGCCAUUCUAAACUGUACAUACUGUGAUUGAAGGUUAAUGCGUAACCUAAAAUUAAAUGUAGGCUUAAAAGAUAUUUGGUUGGUGCAUGCUAUGGUCUUCUCAUUUCCUUCCUUCCCAAUCUCCUUGAUUCAUUUUGGCUGCCAUUGACUGACAAUAAUGGGCCUUCUUUUAUUCCUUCAGUUUGUGCUAUAGGCAGGUGAAAGGUUGGGUGUGUGGUUUCUUUGUUUUAUUUGUACUUCUCUGUAAAAAGACAAAAAUGAUUGCUGCUGUUGUAAUUUCUUGAACUAUUGGAUGUAAAGGAAAAAGCCCAACUAAUUUUUAAGAAUAGUUGGUUUCCUGAUUUAGUACAAUCUAAUCUGCCACAUUUGAAUUAUGAACAAAGAGGUCUCUUUCUUGCUGGAACUGGCUGAAAUGUCACUCUUCAGUAGUCAGUCUGCAUGUUGCAGCAGUGUCGCCUUUGCAGUUCAUCCAUCCAUCCUUCGGCUGCACGAAUGGUCUAGGCAUGGAUGACCAAAGUUAUACAAUCCUAAUGUUUUUUACUUGUUUAGUCCAAUGAUAGUGUUCUGUUUUUGAGGCAUGUGGCUUUUUUUAAAGGUACACUAUGUGUGCUUGCCUGGGAUUCAAACUAACUGCAGAAACGCAACUGAUGUCAAGGAUUUUUUGGUAAUCUGUUUUAUGAUAGCAUACUAACAGCUUACAGAGACUAGAUAAGUAACAUACAUUACUGUCAAAUGAAUGCCCUUCCCUUAACGUAUAAUCGAGCUGACCAUUUAACGAGGGAGGAAGACAAAUUUUAUAGAUACCAGAACUUUGCUAAGUUAAAAACAAAAACAUCAGAAGUGCAUCAGAAUGGUUCCUAGCAGAGUAUUCAUUGUGCAUGUACCUAUUUUGCUUUGUCAUGUAAUAUCCACAUUGGUAUUUAUAUAUUAUUUGUUUCAUCAGUGUGUAUUACCGCAACUGUACAGAUAACUACAUGGGUUUUGUUAACUUUCACCUGUUGAUAGAAUUUGCUUUGAAGAAAAGCCCAACAAAAAUUAAGUUUGCUGUAGAAUAAAACCCAACAUGAAGACUU